AACAGCAGAAAACAGAAAACCAGAGAGACAGAGUUAGAGAAGGAGAAUUCAGAGAGAGAGAGAGAGAGAAGGAGAUUUCUUCAUGGCAUUAGCUUCGUCUUCAUCAGCUUUUUCAGCGAUUUCUUCCCAUUCUCAGGAGAUUCUGAAAGGAUCUCAGAUCGGUUCGUUUCGGUCGUUGGAUCGGUUCAUCCUACCAUCGACGGCUGGGAAUGUGUCUCGGAGGCGGGGCGCGUUGAAGCCGGUAUCCGCACAGGCGAAGCGGAGCAAGUCGGUUGUUCCUCUGGCAGCAACGAGCAUUGCUCCUGAAGUGGCAGAUUUGGAGAGGGAGAAUAAGGGAAUAGAGAAGGAGGUGGAUUAUGAGAAAUUGGCGGAAGAUUUGAAAGAUGCUUCGCCUCUUGAGAUCAUCGACAAAGCCCUAGAGAAAUUUGGGAAUGAUAUCGCUAUUGCUUUCAGUGGAGCAGAGGAUGUUGCCUUGAUCGAGUAUGCCAAGCUAACUGGCAGACCCUUCCGGGUCUUCAGCCUCGACACUGGAAGGCUGAACCCCGAGACCUACAGAUUCUUUGAUGAUGUGGAGAAGCGCUAUGACAUUCGCAUUGAGUACAUGUUUCCAGAUGCUGUUGAAGUUCAGGGCCUUGUGAGAAGCAAGGGCCUAUUUUCCUUCUAUGAGGACGGGCACCAGGAGUGCUGCAGAAUCAGGAAGGUGAGGCCCUUGAGGCGGGCCCUUAGGGGUCUCAGGGCAUGGAUCACUGGGCAAAGGAAGGAUCAGUCGCCUGGUACCAGGGCUGAAAUCCCGGUUGUUCAGGUGGACCCUUCAUUUGAAGGGAUGGAUGGUGGGAUCGGCAGUCUUGUAAAGUGGAAUCCGGUUGCAAACGUGGAUGGCGGGGAUAUCUGGAAUUUCCUUAGGACCAUGGACGUCCCUGUCAAUUCCUUGCAUUCACAGGGGUAUGUCUCGAUUGGGUGCGAGCCAUGCACAAGGCCCGUCUUACCUGGGCAGCAUGAGAGAGAAGGAAGGUGGUGGUGGGAGGAUGCCAAAGCCAAGGAGUGCGGGCUCCACAAGGGCAACAUCAAACAGGGGGAAGUGCCCCAACUAAACGGCAAUGGAAACAGCGCUGCUGCCGCCGCCACCACUGAGAACCCCGACAUCUUCAACACGCAGAACAUCAUAAACCUUAGCAGGCCAGGGAUCGAGAACUUGCUCCGGCUGGAGAACCGGAGAGAGCCAUGGCUUAUCGUCCUCUAUGCGCCAUGGUGCCGUUUCUGCCAAGGAAUGGAAGCAUCCUAUGUCGAGCUAGCCGAGAAGCUCGCUGGAUCUGGCAUAAAAGUAGGAAAGUUCAGGUCAGACGGUGAUCAGAAGGAAUUUGCAAAGGAGGAGCUGCAGCUGGGGAGCUUCCCCACAAUACUCUUCUUCCCAAAGAACACAGCAAUGCCCAUCAAGUAUCCGUCAGAGAAACGGGACGUUGAUUCCUUGUUGGCCUUUGUGAGGGCCCUACAUUGAGAGAUGUUUAGAAGAAGAGGUUUUCAAAAUCUAAGGCAAUUGGGAAAGGUGGUUUUCUUCUGUAUAGUAAUGGGUCUGAUUGAUUGGCUUUGAUAAUGAAAAGAGAGUUCCCCUUGGACUUCAUUUCUCUCUCCUUUCCACAACAAGGAGAGAGACUACACUUUGGUUUUAUUCCCCUACCUAUAUGAAAAUCUUUUAGAGAGAAUCAAGAAAAUGUAAUCGGUUGUAUGUGGCCGUGGGGGAGAGUUAGGUCUCUCCUUUUAUUCAAUAAGAAUGAUAAUUUUGAAUUUGUUUUGA